AAAAGUUCAGAUUUUCUAUCGAAAUGAAGAUAAAUCCAAAGUACUCGGAAAUCGACUUCCUGUUUUACCAACCCAAGGCACUGCGCCCUGUCCUCUUCCUGUUCUACGUGCUGGAAACAGCGUUAAACUUGAUCUGCAUGGCCUUUCACAUCAGGGGCUACAUGUCGAUCGACAUGGAAGAAGAGCCGAUGGACCACAUUGCCCUAAUCAUCUUCUCGCUGUUUAUGGCGGUGACCUCUUUCCAGAGCAUCGCGAUUUGCACUGGGAGUGCUCCCAACCUUACCGUUGAGAUCGUGACGGCCUUUUUCGGCUCCUUUGCCUUCGUCGCUGUGUCCUUGGGAACGAUGUGGGAUGUGCAGAAUGACAUCCGCAUGCUUUUUCUAAGAAAGGAAGAAGAGGUCCGCAUAGAACUGGUUCCCUUUAACCCGAUUUUUAACUUUAUGAGGGCUCAGUCCAUGAGCUCGUUGGCCUGCGGAAUAAUCUAUCUGCUCCACGCCUCCAUUAUGAUCGACGUCAAGUUGACCACGGAAAGUAGCGAAAAGGGCGACGAGCUGCCCAUCCCACUCUUUGUCCUGGGCCGGAGUAUUCACUCGAUGCUGUAUAAGUUCGAGUGGUUCCGGGAGUUCUGUGGGAACGAAAUCAUUGAGCUGUAGGCGAGAAAAUCUCGCUGGCUGGUAAUUCCUAUUUUAAAAUUGACUGGCUUAUGGGCCACGUUUCUGUAAGCAAUCCACUGAAAGUAGAAG